AUGUCAACACUCACCGUCCCCCUCCUAAUCCGCUUCUUCGACCCAACCCUCGCCUCCCCCGACACCCGCAACCGCACCCUCAUCACAAUCCUCUCAUGGCCCGAUUCCCACCUCGAAGCCUCACACGACUACAUCCAAACCGUCUUCCCGCUGCCCGAAGAGAGCAUGUUCAGCUUCGCACCUAUCGUCACAUCCGAAGUCCGCGCCGCUUUCCUCGCCCGCUCCGAGCUCCGCGCCAGUCUCCGUCGCGCGCUGGAGAGGAUGCUUGCUUUUUAUGGGUUGCAAUUCAGCGACGACGCAGGCGGCGAGGACGCUCUGCAGGCCAGCAACAACGACGGCGACGCUAUCGCCAAGGAAACUGAAACCGUUACACGCGGACCGACUUUCGAUACUGCGAGCAGGAACUGGGUCAUGAGAUUCAACCACAACCAUCUCCGCCUAACCCGCAUCCUGCGCUCGCUGCGCGUGUUGGGGUUGGAGAGCGAAGCAGCGGCUCUAUAUGACUUUCUGCGGACGGAUGAGGCGGUCACGGGGACGGUGAGUCCGCGGAGUCAGAUGUACUGGCGGCGGGCGGCGCAGAGGGGGUUGUGGUUGCGCCUGAGGAGGAGGAUGAGGGUGCCGAGGGGAUUGCGUGGUUGA